AUGGGCGACGACUGUGAGCGCGCAAAUGUCCGCACACGGCCUCGACGGCGAAGUCGCAGUAGUGGUGCCGUUCUUAGUGUGAACAUGCUGUCGACUGCUGACUCUGAGAGGAUCCUUGACAAUACAGAUGAUACGCUUUUAUCUAGCGAUGUCAUGGAACUUCGACGCACCGGGACCGCUGACCAAGUAGUUGGCAAUGGGCGUCGUCUCAGUCGAUCAGGACUAAAUCCUUUUGGUCAAAGUGGUGGAUUAGGCUCUUCGUUUCGUCUAAAUAGUGCUGGUUCAAGCUUUCGCGCUGGUGCGGGCGUGCCCGUUUCAUCGUCGGCUUUGCGAAGCCAUGCCAGCUUUUUGAUGAUGGACAUUGAUACAGCUCGACAGUCAGUGGAUGCUCAUGCUCGAGCCAUGAGUUUUGAUGAAGACGAUAUGUCAGAUGGUGGGAGAUUGACCAGGAACAUGCUUGGAGAUUCAACUUGUGGUGCUGAACGAUUUAGAAGAGCUUCCUCGCUGGAUAUCAGUCCACCGCUGCCACCAGAUAGUACGAUCUCGGCUGAAGAAGUGAUAAGAGAGAGUAUGGCAAGUGCAUUAAGCUCGUCGUUGUAUACGGACAAAGAUGAAUUUUUAUUGCCACAUCAAAUACGGUCAACUUUAAAAGGUAGCCUUGUUGGGACUGUAAGCGAACGAGAGUCAAUGGCUCUAUCAAGGCAUUCUAGAGACAGUUUAGCUUUCUCGCUUUCGAGUCGAAGCACGUAUCGAAGGAGCACAAUUUCUGAACAAAUAUUGUAUGAGACGGAUUUUUUUGAACCUGAACGUGAAUUGAGUGCAAGGGAGCUGACAGAAGUAUUAAGUGAGUCGGAUGAAGACGCUAAUAGUUAUGAGGUUACCAGUAUAAAAGAAGAAGAGCAAGAUGUUAAGCUUGGGAACGCUAAAUCUCGAUGGGCGCAGCAUGUCAAACUUAAAGCGCGGAGCUUUCUUUAUGCGACAGUAGCAGGCAAUAAGAAUGGUGCUGCUGCGACUAGUAAUGACACGAUGAGUACGAUUCCGUCAUCAGCGGAAAUUUGGGCGAACAAACAGAAGCAAAUUCUUGCGCGAAUGAGCAGUAAUGACUUACAUGCUGUGACAGGAGUCUCAUCAGCUGCAACUACAACAUCACCAUAUCCUCCGUUGUCAUUCUUCGGGCAGCCAUCGAAUGGCAGUGCAAAAUUCCAGAAGUGGAAUCGAUGGAUGCAAGAUCAGUACCAGCAUAACCUUGGCAAAGUGAUGCAGCGUGCCUUUAAGGACGAGGUUUUGCAGCGCCAUCAACAGCAUUUUGCUGUUCCAACGCACAAAGCUACUCCCGAUCCAACGACAUUAAUAUCCAUUGAGGAAGUGAUAAGCAACCCUCGCAUGAUGCGAUACUAUGCGGCGUGGCUUCCUGAUCCUGUCGACCAAAGUAAAUUAUUUUUCUUGUGCUCAUUUGAAGAGUACCGGCAGUUUUGGUGUACAUUGCGCGCCAACUAUCAAAAUAAGCCGUUCGCAAAAGAUGACGUACUCAUGCUACGCACGUAUGGCGUGAAAAUUGCUAUGAAAUAUUUGGCAAAGAAAGCGCAAUUUCCAAUAAAUGGCUCAGAGGAUUUCUGCGACGAAUACCCGAUCGUAGACGGUGCUAAGCUACGGUCGAUAAAGCGUGAUCUGGCUGCUGGAGGUGAAGAUGCAUUACGCACGUUUGACGAUGUUGCGGUAAAAGUCAAACGGGUGCUCAUGUUAAAGUUUCCCGAAUUUCGCGGCACGGAACUUUAUACAGAAAUGCAGAAAACCGUGGAACGUGAAGUGAUAUGCCUCGAAGACAUUUUAAUGAACCACCGCUUUGCCAAUUUCUUCUGGAUAUUCCUUUUUCCACACAACUAUCAUCGGGAAAUCGCAUUGUGGCUAGAUGUCGAAUAUGAAUUCAAACCAGCUUUUCGUACUUACAUGGCGCUGCUUAAGUCUAGUAAAAACUCAAGGAGCGGUGCUUUAUCUAACAGCUUCAACAGUAGCGAGCGUCGCGAGCGCAUUGAGCAGGCUGCCUAUCGUUGUCGAAAGUUGCUUAAAUAUAUUUCUCAAAAAUAUUAUGCGGGAGACGCUGAGAUGCAAAAUCUUUCGCGUACGCUGGUGACGUCCUGCGCUCGGUUGCAAGCCGAACAAGACGCAAUACUGACCAAAUUUAGUCUCAUCCAUCUUGAGUUGUACCACCGCUUUUUGACGAGUCGUGCAUAUGCCGAGUUUGCGUUAUACCCAAAGUUAUCUCCUGAAGAUGAAAAAGACUCCAUCGACGAUUCUUGGCGGCUGUCAGCACUACUCUUGAGCUAUGGCUUGCGUGCUCAUCAUUGGUGUGGCGGCGCUUCAAACUCUUCGUCAUUAAAUGGAUCAUUGUCAGCUUCAUUGCCUAAUGUUCACGAUGGUGAGGCCACAUUGCCAAAGAAGAAAACGCUGGACUCUCUUUGUACUACACGAAGUUUUGAAGCCAUAUCUGGCGUACUUACCUUCGAAGCCAUAUCCGUCUCCGUGACAGUCGAUGAUGAGAACGGUAGUGACAGCAACAUCAGUGGCGUGUUUAAAGACCCAAUUGAACUGCACAUAAUACAGCAUCCGUUACCGCAUGAUCCCGUGCCUCACGUCGUAGACAAGUCGAUAGAGCACUUUCUUGUUCCCUGGAGUGAAAAUCCUAGGCAUGUAGUACUUACGGCGCCGUCUUGCCCGGCACCUAUGGCGUUUAAUUUCCGUAUGGGGGACAGUAGUGCUGGUGCCUCUGCUGCUGAAUUGUUUGCAGCUUGUGUAAUUCUGUAUAAACCAGCACCCCCCCUUUCCCGGCGCGCGCUUGAGAGUUCGCGGAUUGAUCUGGCGAGUGGAAGUCGAUGGGUGCCGUACGGGGUGUGCGUGCUGUCAAAAUUUCCGAUGGUAGAUUUACUUCGUGAGCGUCUGGCUGAGGCGUACGAAUUCAAUCUGGAGCUUGAAACGAUUGCUGCUUCCAAAACUGAUGGCAAAAGAAUAUUUCAGAGUGGUGGACAACCAUUUCGCCUCGAUAAAAAGGUUUUGGCGAAAUUGACUCGUUCCAUUUCUAAAGAAGACAUCUCACAAUACCACCAGCCAUCACCGCUUCCUGAGUCACCACUUCUUGAGGCAUCAGGUUUAACACCCAAAGCCACAGCUGCUUCAUUGCUUGCAGCGCUUCCGCGUCUUGAUCACUCAGUGCGUCUUCUGUUUGAUACACUAGACAUUUCAACAGUUCUUCUUGUAUUUACUGCAGCACUGUUGGAAAACCGCAUUCUACUGGUAUCGUCAUAUCUAUCAGUACUCAUGAAGGUCGGUGAGUCCUUGCGAGCUUUAAUGCACCCCCUUUCGUGGCCACACGUGUAUCUACCUAUGCUUCCUCGUCGAAUGCUGCAGUAUCUAGAGUGCCCGACGCCUUUUAUCUUCGGUGCCGAAAAGAAAGCGCUCGAUGGUGCCCAGCGCCAACUCAAGGAUGAAGGUGGCGACGACUUCUUCGCUGCAGCCGGAGAGGAAUUAUUGGUCGUAGAUUUGGACAAAGGAGCUAUUUUACGAGGUGAGGUUCCGUGUGCUCUUCCUCAGAGCGUGCGAUUUCAUCUACGUGAAGCUCUAUAUGAGUGUCUUAAGCCAAAUGUCAGUCGUUGUGACCAUGUAUUUGCUCACCACUUUCCAAGCAAGCCUCUGGUUUUUCCAGAAGUUGCUGUCCGCGGUUUAUUUCAUCGUGCUGUGAACAAGCUGAUAGGUGAUUUUGGGUAUCACCGCUAUGUCUGGACAGACGAGUUUGCGCGCAAACGCACAGUCUUUUUCGAUGAAGCAAGCUAUUUAGCCGCCUCGACACCCGACAUGCGCGAGUUUCGAACGUUGUUCAUCGCCACGCAAGCUUUUUCUGAGUAUACUGUUUCACAUCAUGGCUUCGAAGAGAAACCUACAGGCUCUUCUAGGUCAUCUUCUCCUACACCAAGUGCGUCAUCUUCGAUCUCUGUCUCAUCAGUGCUGCGGACUUAG